GGGGCCGGCGGCCCGGGAGGCAGGCGGGCGGCAGGGCGGCGGGAGGGCACGAGCGUCCCGCGCCGCCGCCGCCCCCUCGGCCACCAGGAGUCGCCGCAGCCGCGGAGCAGCAGAGUAGCGGCCGCCCCCGGCCCGCCCGGCCCGAGCAGCCCCGCGCCGCCCCCGCCUGCCCCGCCCCGCCGCUGGAUGCCGGCGGCCGGCGGCCGAGCUCGCAGAGGCGGAGGGCGGCGCGGGCCCGAGCGCUAGCGCCGGCCAUGCCCGGCUCCCCCGGCCGCUCCGAUGGCGGCGGCGGGGGCGCGGGCGGCGAGUCGGGGGCGGCGGCGGCGGCCACCGGCGGAGACCCUGCCACGCGCGCCCUGGGCCCGGGCGCCGAGGAGGCCGCGCCCCGGCCGUCGCCCGAGCCCGACGACGCGACCGCCGCGCUGCGCCUGGCGCUGGAUCAGCUGUCGGCGCUCGGGCUCGGGCGCGCGGGGGCCCCGGGCCCCGACGGCCCGGACGGCGGGGAGCCUGAGCCCACGCCCCCCGACGGGCCCGAGGCGCCGCCGCAGCGCGUGGAGCCGGACGGGAGCCCCCCCGCGCCCCCGGCGCCGCCCGCGCCCGACGUGUUCGCCGGCUUCGCGCCGCACCCCGCCGCCCUGGGCGCCCCGGCGCUUCUCGCCGAGCCGCUGAGCGUGAUCGGCAGCCGCAAGAAGAGCGUGAACAUGACCGAGUGCGUGCCGGUGCCCAGCUCCGAGCACGUCGCCGAGAUCGUGGGGCGCCAGGGCUGCAAGAUCAAAGCCCUGCGCGCCAAGACCAACACCUACAUCAAGACGCCGGUGCGCGGGGAGGAGCCCGUGUUCAUCGUGACGGGCCGCAAGGAGGACGUGGAGAUGGCCAAGCGCGAGAUCCUGUCCGCGGCCGAGCACUUUUCCCUUAUCCGGGCCUCGCGGGGCAAGGCCGGGGGGCUGCCGGGCUCGGCCCCAGGCCCACCUAACCUGCCAGGCCAGACCACCAUCCAGGUGCGCGUGCCCUACCGCGUGGUGGGGCUGGUGGUGGGGCCCAAGGGCGCCACCAUCAAGCGCAUCCAGCAGCGGACACACACGUACAUCGUGACACCCGGGCGUGACAAGGAGCCCGUGUUCGCGGUGACCGGGAUGCCCGAGAACGUGGACCGGGCGCGCGAGGAAAUCGAGGCGCACAUCACCCUGCGCACCGGCGCCUUCGCCGACUCGGGCCCCGACAGCGACUUCCACGCCAACGGCACCGACGUCUGCCUGGACCUGCUGGGCGCGGCCGCCGGACUCUGGGCCAAGGCCCCGCACCCGGGGCGCCGGCCACCCACCGCCUCGGCCGGUGCCAGCCUCCGCGGGGACAGCGCCCUGGGCGCCCCUGACUUCUUCGCCAGCAGCCGCGCCGGGCCCCCAGGGCCGGACCCGGGCCCCGCCAGCCCCUACGGCAGCACCGGCAACGGGGCCUUCACGUUUGGCGGGGACAGCACGGGGACACCGGCACCCGAGGACUGCGACUUCGGCUUCGACUUCCUGGCCCUGGACCUCUCCGUGCCCACCGCGGCCACCAUCUGGGCGCCGUUCGAGCGCGCGGCGCCCCCGCUGCCCACCUUCGGCGGCGCGGUCAAUGGGACUCCGGGGACGGCCGCGGGCGCCGCGCGCCGGGGCAGCGGGACGGCCACCCCGCGCCACUCGCCCACGCUGCCCGAGCCCGGCCCGGGCCCCGGCCUGGGCCUGGAGCUGCCCCUGGCCCGCAGGGCCGCCCCGGACCCGGCGGGCGCGCUGCCCUGGCGGCCCCCGCACGGCGCGCUGCCGCCCUUCCCCAGCGGCGCCGGCUUCCCCGCCGCCCCCGCGCUGGACACCGGCGCCCCCGACGGCACCCGCAAGGCCCCGGCCGCGGCCACCGCCUCCGCCUCCGCCUCCGCGCCCGCGGCCCCCGGGCCGCCCGCCGCCCUGGCGCGCGAGUGCGUGGUCUGCGCCGACGGCGAGGCCAUGGCCGCGCUGGUGCCCUGCGGCCACAACCUCUUCUGCAUGGACUGCGCCGUGCGCAUCUGCGGCCGCAGCCAGCCCGAGUGCCCCGCCUGCCGCACGCCGGCCACGCAGGCCAUCCAUAUCUUUUCCUAAGGCGGGGGGCGGGGGGGCAGCGGGCUGCGGGGUCACCGGGCCACCCGGGCCAGCAGAGUCGCAAAGGCUUUAACUCCGCAGCCAGGCGUGGGUAUGGCCAGCCAGGAGCCGGGCGGCGACACCUGCGUUCCCGACCCAUGACAGUGUUGAGCGAACAGAUGACCGAGAGAGGGGGUCUCCUGCACUUUGUACUUGGGGCACCCCCGCCCCAGGGCGACCUGCAAAACGAGUAAAAAACAGAAAAAAAGUUUUUACAACUUUCCUGUCUUCCCUUUGUAUGUGGCGGUUUUAGGUUUGGCAGUGUGUUCCUGGGGUCCCCAACGACCCGGACGGGCAAGUUUGGAAAGAGGAUGGCAUUUUUAACUUUUUUGGGGUUCACGGUUCUCGUUUUGUACACAGCCACCCGGCAGUCGCCACUGGGGGCGGGGGCGGGGUCAUGGUCUCCGGCUCAUUUUCUCCCUAAUUAUGGGGUCCCCCCCUCAUUGUUUGGGUUCUUUUUUUAAGAAAAUUUUUUUAAACCAGUUUUUUUUUUUUUUUUUUUUUUGGUUUUGUUUUUUUAAAAACAUUUACUUUUUACCUCUUGUGUAUAUGUAGGGAAUUUAUAGGGAAAUGUGUACUUUAUGGAAUAAAUUUUAAGAACUAAAAUAUAUUUUAUUUUAAAUAAAAGUAACGGACCUUUAAUCUUCCACAGCUAAAUUACUGAUUAUAUAUUUGCUGAGCUGAUUUAAGGGUUAAAAAAAUUGUAUCAAGAGUUUUAUUUUUUGACUUCAAAGCCUUCUUAAUAAAGUCUUUUUACUACA